GAAGUACAUAACGGGACUUGGCCAGCCGCAGCAGCAUCGUACACCAGUUCGUGGAUGCCGGUCUUAAGCAAGCAAAGGUACGAGGCACGUCAGCACAAUUCAAGUGACGAAACACGUUACUUAUAAACAAUACAACCCGCGAUCUAGUUACCAAUACGAAGACAAACCACCAUAAUCAUCUCCGGUGACCAACAGGAAUCUCUCAACAUGGUACAGUGGUGCGUACGCGAAAAUUCAUCCCAGUGACGUCCUCAAGAUGUGAAGACGAAGAACUAAUGUGUUUGGUCCUUAUAGUUUUUUAACCUUUUAUCGAAGUCUGCCGUUUUUUCAUAAUGUGGCUAACUGAAGGGAAACCCCCUGUUAUUAGUGCCUUAACUUUUGUGAUAUUUUCUCAUUGGACUCUUUUAGCGAUCGCUCAAAACUCAUCUAGAACAUCGGAUCCUCUUCUUUCUGGAUACAGAAUAGAUCCAGCGUCGGUAGUCUGCCCUUCGGAUAAGUUUAAAUGUCCUGAAGGAAAAUGCAUUUCCCAGCAACUAGUAUGCAAUUACCAAAAAGACUGCGAGAAAGGCGAAGAUGAAUUUCAAUCAUGUCCGCCACCCGAAUGUGAACAAGGACAAAUAACAUGCCGGCAGUACAUAUGGAAUAAAACAUAUUGCAUACCGCCAUAUUAUCGCUGUGACAAGACGGUUGACUGUAUAGAUGGAACCGAUGAAGUCGAAUGUACAUAUAGACAAUGCCAAGUAGAUGACUUUCACUGCGGUUCCAAACCGUCUGAUCCAUGCAUACCAAAGGAAAAAAAAUGCGACGGUUACUUAGACUGCAGGUCAGGUAAGGACGAAGAUGGAUGUCCAGGAGUGGCUUGCCAGCCGGACCAAUACAGAUGUGCCAACGGUUUGAAAUGUAUCCCUUCUUCAAUGAAAUGCGAUCAUAAAGACGAUUGCGGAGAUAAAUCAGACGAGUUAGGAUGCAAUUUCCCACUUUGCACCAGCGGACAAUUUCGUUGUGAUAAUGGCCUGUGCAUACCAAUUAGUUUUCACUGUGAUGGCCUCAACGAUUGUGCGGACAUGUCUGACGAAAGGAAUUGCACUUCCAUUUCUUGUCCACCCGACCAUUUUCUCUGUCCUAAAGGUGGUCUCAACGGAAACGGCAAAUGUAUAGCCAAAACUAAGCUAUGUGACGGCAAACGAGACUGCGAAGAUGGUGCGGAUGAAAAAACUGCUUGCUCGAGUUCUUCUUGCGCAGCACUCCAGUGCCAAUACAAAUGCCGAGCAUCUCCAAAUGGAGGUACGUGCUACUGCAAAGAUGGCGACAAGCUGGCACCCGACAACUCCACUUGCAUCGACAGGGACGAAUGUUUGGAGUGGGGACACUGCGAGCAGCUCUGCACGAACACCCCGAACGGCUACAACUGCCGGUGUGCUACCGGCUUCACGCUCGCCAACAGGACCAAGUGCAGCGCGCAGGAUGCCGAAUAUCUGAAGAUUAUGUUCAUCCACGAGAAGUCCAUAAUAAGUUUGAACUCGAUGGGCUCGAGCACUGUUAUCGCGAAUACUACCGCCGGUAGCGGUUUGGACUAUCAUUUCGAUGAAAAUAUACUGUUUUGGUCGGAUGUCAAAACCAAAAGGAUUCAUUCGCAACAGCUAAGAGAAACAGGAACCAGCGUAGUACACGUCAGUGACGUGGACAUAACCCUUCCAAGUUCAUGGAUGCCAGUAGCCUUAGCCGUGGACUGGGUUGGAGAUAAAUUAUACGUGGUUGAUGCCAUUGGACUGAAGAUAGACGUGUUCGAACUACACGGCAGAUGGCACGCUGUGGCCUUGGGAUCGAACCUUACAAAUCCCGCAGACAUAGCUCUAGACCCGUCCGUAGGAUACAUGUUCAUAGCGGAUAGCUCGCAGAUACUCAGGGCGAAUAUGGACGGUACAAAUCCACACGCCAUUGUCGCAGAAGCUGCCUACAAAGCUGUAGGUGUGGCUGUUGACAUAAUUGCCAAACGGGUAUUCUGGUGUGACAGCCUGCUGGAUUAUAUCGAGACGGUCGAUUACAACGGUGAAAGGCGCUUUUUGGUGAUCAGGGGACAACCGGUGCCGAGUCCGGCUCGCUUGACGCUCUUCGAGAACAGGAUUUAUUGGACGGAUGGUACUAAACAAGGCAUUAUGUCCGUCGACAAAUACGCAGGAAGUUCAAGCAUUCAACCAUUCUUCAAAACCAAGGAUGUUAGGGAUCCUAAGGCAGUGAAAGCUAUUCAUCCACUCAUACAACCAUUCAUUACUAGUCCCUGCGGUCAUACUAACGGUUUUUGUCAACAUAUGUGCAUCGUAACCAACGCUGGAUCUGAAUUGGGAUACCGGUGUGCUUGUAAUAUAGGAUGGCGAUUGGCUGAAGACGAGAGGAACUGUGUGCUUGUUUCGGAAUUCUUGAUGUUCUCGCAGCAUAGAUUCAUAAAAGGAAGAGUUCUAAACCCAGUGAUUGAAGGAUUCAGCGAUGCUAUUUUACCAGUGGUAUCACGUAGAGCCCGAUUCGUUGGUUUAGACUUCGAUGCGAGAGACGAACAUAUCUACUACUCAGAUGUGCUCCAAGACGUUAUAUAUCGAGUCCACAGAAACGGCAGCUCCAAGGAGAUCAUCCUAGCUUCACAAAAUGAAGGAGUAGAAGGACUGGCAGUUGACUGGGCUGCUAAAAAUUUGUACUACAUCGAUAGCAGGAAAGGAACGCUCAACGUAUUGUCCACAAGGAAUAUAACGUACCGCAGGACCUUGCUGAAGAACCUUAAACGUCCAAGGGCUAUUGUAGUUCAUCCUAAUAGAGGAUUUGUAUUCUUCUCGGAAUGGGACAGACCUGCGAAUAUUUCCAGAGCUUAUACCGAUGGAACUAAUCUCACUGUAUUCAAAAAUCUCACUUUGGGAUGGCCCAACGGACUUUCUAUUGAUUUCGAAAAAGACAGACUUUACUGGUGUGACGCUCUACUGGAUCAUGUUCAACAUUCUAACCUGGACGGUAGCGAUCUCAAGACGAUAAACUCUAGACUUAUCAGGCAUCCUUUCAGUAUUGUUGUAUUCAGGGAUCAUAUGUAUAUUACCGACUGGAGAUUAGACGCCAUAAUCAAAUUGCAUAAGUUAACCGGCGAAGGCGAAGAAACUAUAGUUAAGGAUUCGCAGACUAACAGACUUUACGGUGUUAAAAUAUUCAGCGAAGCUGAGCAGAGAAUUAGUAGCUCCCAUCCUUGCUGGAACUUCAACGGUGGUUGUCAAAAAUUAUGUUUCGCAGUGCCACUAAAUGGCGGUCAGUCACUUGUUGCCAAGUGCGGAUGUCCAUACGGCGAAAAACUUAUGGAUGACCAAAAGAAUUGUCAGCCAGAUUCGAGUUCUGAACCCCCUGUACAGGCUUGCCCUAAUAAUUGGGAUUUCACUUGCAAUAAUCAGAGGUGUAUACCAAAAUCAUGGGUUUGUGAUGGAGAUGAUGACUGUUUGGAUAAUAGUGAUGAAGAACAAAAUUGUACAAAACCAACCUGUCGCACAAAUGAAUUUCAGUGUAAAUCUGGAAGGUGCAUUCCAAUGAACUUCAAGUGCGAUGGAGAAAACGAUUGUGGCGAUUACAGUGAUGAAACAGGUUGUGGGAAUGUCACUUGUGGCGCAACACAGUUCAAAUGUGACAACGACAGAUGUAUACCUAGCAGUUGGAAGUGUGACUCGGAAAACGAUUGUGGUGAUAGUUCCGAUGAAGGUGAUUCUUGUGCAGAAAAAACUUGUGCAUACUACCAGUUCACAUGUCCAAGGACUGGUCAUUGUAUACCACAAAAUUGGGUAUGCGAUGGAGAUGACGAUUGCUUCGACAAACAGGAUGAACAGGACUGUCCCCCCAUUGUAUGUCAAAAGAACCAAUUCAAAUGUACUGACCAGAAGCAAUGUGUCCAAGAAAACUACAAGUGUGAUGGGAUACCAGAUUGUAACGAUGGAAGCGAUGAAUUGGGUUGUCCAUCUAUUCCACCAAACCAGUGCAACCCUGACAAACAAUUCCAAUGUCAAUCUUCUGGAAUAUGCUUGCCAAAAGCCUGGUAUUGUGAUGGAACUCCCGACUGCGAAGACAAAUCUGACGAACCAGAAUCCUGUGGACAUGUAGACUGUCCUAUCAACUUUUAUAAGUGCAAUAAUUCCAACUGUGUUUUCAAGGCUUAUAUUUGCGAUGGAAGAGACGAUUGUUUGGAUGGUUCCGACGAAAGCUACAUUCAUGGUUGUGUAAAGCCACCUUUCAGAUGCCCAAGUGGCCAGUGGCAAUGUCCUGACGUUACAGAAAGAUGCGUUAAUUUAACAAAUGUUUGUGAUGGAAAACCUCAUUGUCCCAAUGGGGCAGAUGAAGGAGAAGGCUGUGAUUUGAACGAAUGUAAACAUCAAAAUGGUCUUUGCUCAAAUGGCUGCAAACAAACUCCAUCGGGACCACUAUGUUUGUGUCCUAAAGGAGAAACACUCAGCAAGGAUGGUUUCACUUGUGAAGAUAUCAACGAAUGUGAUCCACCUGGUCUGUGUUCUCAGACUUGUACCAAUUUAAAGAGAGGAUAUAUGUGUAGCUGUGUAGCGGGUUAUACGCUGGAACCAGAUAAGCACUCCUGCAAAGCAUUCAAUCACUCAGCAGCUUUCCUAAUAAUUUCUAACAGACAUUCUAUCCUUAUUGCCGAUCUUAAAGAGCAAGGCCUUGAAAGGGUACCAAUUAUUGUGGAGAAUGUUGUGGCAACUGCUUCAAACAUGCACUCUGGUACCAUUUUCUGGUCCGAUAUGAAAUUGAGGAAGAUCUCAAGGUUAGAUAGAGACCAAGAAACGGUUGAUAUAAUCUCCAACGGAUUAGAUUUAGUAGAAGGUUUGGCGUACGACUGGAUCGGUGGUAAUUUGUAUUGGCUUGAUUCCAAACUCAACACCAUUGAAGUCUCUAAAGAGAAUGGAAGUAAUAGGAUUGUGUUGGUCAAAGAAAAUAUCACACAGCCUAGAGGAAUGUGUUUGGAUCCCAGUCCAGGAACUCGAUGGCUCUUUUGGACCGAUUGGGGAGAAAAUCCAAGAAUAGAGAGAAUUGGAAUGGAUGGUACAAAUAGAUCUGUAAUUAUCAACACCAAAAUUUACUGGCCAAAUGGUUUAACACUGGACACCACCACACAAAGGGUAUAUUUUGCUGAUUCUAAGCUGGACUUCAUUGACUUCUGCUACUAUAAUGGCAGUGGUCGUCAGCAAGUACUUGCUGGUAGUCACUAUCUUUUACAUCCGCAUUCACUUACACUAUUCGAAGAAACAUUGUAUUGGACUGAUCGUCAACUGAACAGAGUGUUAUCAACGCAUAAAUUCAAAGGUACCAACCAAACUGUCGUGAGUCACUUGAUAUCACAACCAUUAAGUAUACAUGUGUACCAUCCUUCAUUACAACCUAUUUCCGAAAAUCCAUGUAAAGAUGCCCCGUGCCAACAUAUAUGUCUUCUUUCGCCAACGUCGACCACAGGGUACACAUGUAAAUGUAAAACUGGUUUCAAAAUAACUCCUGAUGGUAGAUGUGUUGAAGACGAUACAUCGUAUCUCAUGGUUAUGAAAGGCUCCCAAUUGUUGGAUGUUUCACUUGUACCAGGUGAUUCUACUUCCGGUUUCAUAUCUUCAGUUGUAGGAGUCGAUAAUGGUGUUCAAAUUGAUUAUGACAGGAAGAGUAAUAUGAUAUAUUGGAUAGAGGAUAAAAAUGGCGAUAAUAAUUACACCGUAUUCACCGCGCCUUUUGGAGGAGGGAAAAAGACUCAACUUUUUGGACCAGACUCGGGAAUUGUUGGUUCGCCUUCUACUAUAGCUUUCGACUGGUUGGGAAGAAAUCUCUACAUAGGAAAUCAAAUUGCAAAUAAUAUAGAAGUCGUUCGAGUUGACAGUAAGAUAAAACAGAGGAAAAUCAUACUUGCAAACGAUGGAAACAGAUCAUCAGUUGCUAAACCGAAAGCCAUUUGUUUAGAUCCGUUCGAUGGAAAGUUAUAUUGGGCAGAUGAGGGCGGAUAUGGGGUUCCUCAAAAAAUUGGAAAAGCCAACAUGGAUGGCUCCGCACCAUUCAUUUUAGUAGAUAAUGUUGAAAGGCCUGAAGCUCUGGUUAUUGACAUAGAGAACAAAAUGUUAUAUUUCAGUACUCAGUUUCCACCCUUAGUCGUGUCCAUUGAUAUAUAUGGUAAUGGACGGAAAAAUAUUCUGGAAGCUAAAGAUAAUAUAGCCUUCCCAAAGGCUCUUGGUGUUUUGGCAAGUCGCUUAUAUUAUCUGGAUCCUCAGUAUGAAAAACUAGCGAGAGUAGAUUUACCUUCAGGGCAAAAUCCUAAAAUGAUUUUGGAAAACGAACCAGAACUUAAAACGUUUACUAUAUUCAAAAAACGCCCUCUAAUGAAUCAUCCUUGUCUACAAAACAAUGGCGGUUGUGCGCAUAUAUGUAUUCCAGCAGAAGGAGGUACGAAAGUUUGCGCUUGUGGCAUCGGUUAUAAGAAAGAACAAAACGGUUGCAUUCCAUACAAAACGUUUGCUGUAGUCUCCCAACUUGACACAACGAGAGGUUAUAGUCUCAAAGAUAGUUCAGAAGCUAUGGUACCCAUAAGUGGACAAGGCCAUCACAUUUUACAUGUUGAUGUACAUUAUGCACAAAGUUGGAUUUAUUGGGUAGAAUUCAAUAGAGGUAUGUGGAAUGGAAUCUUCAGAAUAAGGCCUAAUGGCACAGAAAUCCAACAAAUAAUCAAAGAAGGCAUUGGUAGCAAUGGUAUUCGAGGACUUAGCAUCGACUGGAUUUCCAAUUACUUGUAUUUUACUAACGUGUAUCCUCAUGAAAAUUACUUGGAGGUAUGCAAGCUUGAUGGAACUGAUCGAAAAGUGCUCGUAAAAACAACUGUUGACGCACCAAGAGAAAUAGCUGUAAAUCCAGUGAAAAGAUACAUCUAUUGGAUAGAUUAUGGACAGUAUCCAAGGAUAGGUAGAUGCAACCUAGACGGUUCCAAUUGGAAAUCUUUGAUUACCUCCGGUAUAAGCAACCCACGAGACGUCACAAUCGAUAUGAGCACAAACGACGUGUACUGGGUGGAUUCGAAAUUAGACACGAUACAGAAAAUUUCAUACAAAGGAUCAGAAAGAGUAAUCAUAAGAAGAAACUUACCUAAUCCGAUGGGAAUAGCAGUCCAUAAAUCUGACGUAUAUUGGGUCGACAGGAAUCUACAGACGAUAUUCAAAACUCCAAAAGUCGCUAAUACAGUAGGUCUUCCCUCCAUGUUGAGAACGAAUUUGCCAAAAUUGAGGGAUAUUGUGAUUUUCGACGCUUCAAACCAACCUGAUGAUGAAACAAACAUGUGUAGGGAAGCAAACGGAGGAUGCGAACAAUUAUGCUUCUCAUUCAAUCCUGAAGAGUAUCCUUAUAGUUUCAAAUGCGAUUGUGCAACAGGAAAACCAGAUGUGAAUAACCAAAAUAAGACUUGCACUUUCGUAGAUGAAUACUUGGUAUUUUCUACACGAACUGAAAUCAGAGUGAUCAAUUUAGAUCUCAAAUCGACGAGUAUUCCUUUCAAACCUAUCACUAAUUUAACGAAUGUUGUGGGUAUAGAUUUUGAUUAUAAGGAUGAGAAGAUUUUGUUCACUCAAAUACGUCCUGCAGCCCGUAUUGCAUGGAUGCCUUCAUCAAAUCCUACCUUAGAAAAUAUUAAGACCAUAAUAAAUAAAACUAUAAAUCCAGAAGGUAUAGCCUACGAUUGGACCCAAAAGAAGGUAUAUUGGACAGAUUCCUCGAACCACAGUAUUUACGCUAUGAACUUGGAUGGCUCAGAUUUGAUAAUGAUUACGAGAGUAGAAAGACCUAGAGCAAUCGUGAUAAAUCCAUGCAAUGGUACUUUGUUUUAUACAGAUUGGGGUAAAUUCGGUACAUCUGGUAAGAUAAUGAGGACCACGAUGGCAGGGUCACUGAAGACCGUCAUCAUAGACAAGGACUUAGCACAGCCUUCAGGCUUAGCCAUCGAUUAUGAAGAGAAUAUGCUCUACUGGACUGAUGCAGUCAGAGAAAAGAUCGAAAGGUCAGAUUUGAGUGGAAAGAACCGCGAGGUCCUCAUAUCAGCCACAAUUUAUCCAUUUUCUAUAACAAUAUACGGAAAAUAUAUGUACUGGACCGACUUGCAACUUAGAGGAGUGUAUAGGGCAGAAAAACAUACCGGCGCCAAUAUGAUCGAGAUGGUGAAAAAGUUGGAGGACAGUCCUAGAGAUAUUCAAGUGUUUUCUACCAUGAGGCAACAAUGUAGUGUAAAUCCAUGUAAAAUAAAUAACGGCGGAUGUGCUCAAAGCUGUCAUCCUGGAAUAAAUGGUCAACCAGAAUGUAGGUGUGCAGACAACACCAAGCUAGUAAAUGAGGGCAGGAUGUGCGUUGCCAAGAACUUAAGCUGCGAUUCUAGCAAGUUCUACUGUAGAAAUGGAAGAUGUAUAUCUAGGAUGUGGGCAUGCGAUGGAGAGGAUGAUUGUGGGGAUUCCAGCGAUGAAGACGAGAAAUAUUGUUCAUUCCACUCAUGCUCUGCAAACGAAUUCCGCUGUGACAACGGAAGAUGUAUAUUCAAGUCUUGGAAAUGUGAUUAUGAAAAUGACUGCAAAGAUGGCUCUGACGAGAGAGAUUGCACUUACGCCCCUUGUGCUGAUGGAGAAUUUACUUGUGCAAAUCAUAGAUGUAUUCCCAUGUCACAGGUUUGCAAUGGCGUGAACGAUUGUAAAGAUAACAUAACAUCUGAUGAAACCCAUGAGAGAUGUCCUACCAAUACAACAUGUCCACCUAACCAUCUCAAAUGUGAUAAAACAAACAUCUGCGUGGAACCAUAUUGGCUCUGUGAUGGUGACAAUGACUGUGGGGACAAUUCCGAUGAGAAUCCAGUGCAUUGUGCUCAAAGAGAAUGCUCCCAGAAUAGCUUCAGGUGUCCGAAUCAUAGGUGCAUCCCAGCCGCAUGGUACUGUGAUGGAGACGAUGACUGUGGCGACGGAGCAGAUGAACCACCAGAAUACUGCAAGAGUGAAGGAAGAACUUGUUUUGGCGAUCUCUUCACUUGCGAUAAUGGUAACUGUGUACCAAGAAUCUACAUAUGCGAUGGAGAUAACGAUUGCCUCGAUAACAGUGAUGAAGAUAACAGGCAUCAAUGCAAUGACAGAAAAUGCGACGAAGACACUGAAUUCACAUGUGAAGCCAAUAAGUCAUGGGGUAGGGUGCAAUGUAUACCUAGGAAGUGGCUCUGUGAUGGUGAUCCAGAUUGUGUAGAUGGCGCUGACGAAAAUUCAACGCUCUACCACUGUGCAACACCACAACCUUGCAGCGAUGAUCUAUUCACUUGCGGAAACGGACGUUGUAUCAAUAAGGGUUGGCUUUGCGACCAUGAUAACGAUUGUGGCGAUGGAACUGAUGAAGGAAGGGAGUGCAAUAUGAAAUAUAAGACAUGUUCGAGUAACGAGUUCACGUGUCAAAAUUUCAAGUGCAUUAGAAACCAAUACAGGUGUGAUGGUGAAGACGAUUGUGGAGAUCAUUCAGAUGAAGUUAAUUGUGUUAAAGAAAACAGUACAUGUGCCAAUUCGAGCCAAUUCAGAUGCAACAAUGGUCAGUGCAUCGAUUAUCACCUUGUAUGUAAUAAAGUAGCAGAUUGUUCAGAUGAAUCAGAUGAACCACUGCAUUGCAAUGUUGACGAAUGUGCCAAAGUCGAAAUAAACCAUUGUGGACACAAAUGCAUCGACACCUUGACUGGAUUUUACUGCGAAUGUAACCAAGGUUAUAAAUUAUUAGAGGAUGGAAAGGCGUGUGCAGAUUUAGAUGAAUGUACAGAAAAACCGGGUAUAUGUUCACAAUACUGUUCGAACACCCCUGGAAGCUACUACUGCAAAUGCAACGAUGUUUAUUACGAAAGAGAAUUGGAUGAACACAGUUGUAAACGCAAAGAUAACAUCAAACCAUGGUUGAUAUUCAGCAAUAAGUAUUACGUCAGAAACAUGUCCGUCGACGCGUCUGUCUACAGUUUAGUUCACCAGGAUCUUUUGAACGUUGUGGCUCUGGACUUUGAUUAUGUUGAACAGUAUAUGUACUUCUGCGACGUUACCGCUAAGACGAUAUACAGAGCGAAAUUUGGUACAACUGUGAAAGAACCAGUAAUCAGGCAUGAUUCUCACGGCUUGGAAGGUAUAUCAAUCGACUGGGUAGGAAGAAAAAUCUAUUGGUUAGAUCGUCACUCUAAGAAUUUGGAUGUGGCCGAGCUUGAUGGUACCAGGAGGAAAACUCUGAAAUCUGGAAUACCGGAUCCUAGAGCAAUAAUAGUACAUCCAGGCACAGGUUACCUCUACUUCACAUCUUGGCACCUGCAAGCCUACAUAGGAAAAAUAGGCAUGGAUGGUUCGAACUUCACAAUGAUUCUAAACUGGGACGACGACAUCGCCUGGCCAAACGCUAUCACCAUAGACUUCUUCGCUGACAAACUUUACUGGGCAGAUGCACAUUUAGAUUACAUAGCCUACUCAGAUUUAGAAGGUCAUAACAGGCAUAUAGUCUUGUCUGGUUCACGUGUUCCACACGUGUUCGCCUUGAGCUUAUUCGACGAUUACAUUUAUUGGACCGAUUGGAAUCUUAAGGCAAUCAGCAGGGCGAAGAAACACACCGGAGAAGACUUGAGGGUGCUUCGUAACACCACCCACAAACCUUACGACAUCCAUAUUGUGCAUCCAUUGAGGCAAAUCAAGUACACCAAUCCAUGUGGAACGAACAACGGAGGAUGUUCACACUUGUGUCUCAUCGCACCACCUCUCAUCUCUACCUAUUUAAACAUCGACAGUUAUGGAGAAGAGGGUAACACGAAUACCACGUAUAGGUGCGCAUGUCCCAACCAGUUCUAUUUGGCCAACGAUAAGAAGACCUGUAUUGCAAACUGUACAGCUGGUCAAUGGCAAUGCAAGGGAGCUGAUGAGAAGUGUAUACCAUGGUUCUGGAAGUGUGACGGAGAAAAAGAUUGUAGAGAUGGAUCAGACGAACCUGAAUCCUGCCCUGCCCGACAAUGUCGAAGUGGAACCUUCCAAUGCCAAAACGGCUUCUGCACGCCUUCCUCAACCAUUUGCGAUGGAACUGAUGACUGUGGAGAUGGAUCAGAUGAACAGAAAUGUGACUUACCUUGUCCUGAAUUGGAAUUCAAGUGCAAAUCGAAUGGUCGUUGCAUCUUGGACAGCUGGAAGUGCGAUGGCGACACCGACUGUAAAGAUGGAUCAGACGAAGCCUUGGAGAUAUGUCACAACAGAACUUGCAAUCCUGAUACUGAAUUCACAUGCAAAAACGGAAGAUGCAUACAAAAAUUGUGGGUUUGCGAUUUCGACAACGAUUGUGGUGAUGAUUCUGAUGAACCGGCUUACAUAUGCAGACUUAGGAAUUGUACCACAGGUUGGCAGCGCUGUCCCGGUAGAAACAACUAUCGCUGCAUACCGCAAUGGCUAUUCUGCGAUGGCAAAGACGACUGCAGGGACGGAUCCGACGAGCUGCCAGAAAACUGUCCCGCUUGCGAUGAAACUGAAAUGAAAUGUAAAAACAACAGAUGUAUACCAAAGCAAUGGAAAUGCGACUUUUCUGAUGAUUGCGGUGAUGGAUCUGAUGAGGCUAAGGAGCUUUGUCAGAACGUUUUCAGGGAGUGCUCUGAAUCAGAAUUCAGAUGUAAUAACGGAAAAUGCAUAUCCACAAGAUGGCGCUGCGACCACGAGAACGACUGUGGCGACAAUUCCGACGAAGUGGACUGUACCGGGUUUCAAUGCAAGAACAACACCUUCCAAUGUUACUCAGGUCAUUGCAUCGCCUCUUACUACAGAUGUGACGGCGAGCGUGAUUGCAGAGACAUGUCGGACGAAAAAGACUGUCCACCCAAAUAUCCUGGUGGACGGUACUGUCCGGAGUUCAAAUUCCAAUGUAACAAUAACUUGUGCAUCAGCCAGAGCGACAUCUGCGAUGGUACCGACGACUGCGGGGACGGUUCGGAUGAGUCGCCCUCUAUUUGUAGCAACUUCAACUGUGACGUUCUCAGGAGGUUCCAGUGUAAUAACAGAAAAUGCAUACCAAGAUAUCAACUGUGCGACGGCAUCGACAACUGCGGUGAUGGAUCUGACGAAAACAACAUGACGUUAUGCGCCACCAAAGUAAAACCAUGCAACGUUCUAACCGAAUUCAAAUGCGCCAAUAGAAAAUGCAUAGAUCGCUCCCAGAUGUGCGACUUCGCCGACGACUGCGGUGACAGUUCCGACGAGCUAGGUUGCCACCACAACAGCGACUGCCUGGACUCUACUCGUGGCGGUUGCGAGCACCAAUGCACCAACAUCACCGGAAGCGGCUACAUCUGCACCUGCUUCAGCGGGUUCAUCGUGUCCAAGGAGAACCGCAAGAAGUGCCUGGAUGUGGAUGAAUGUGCCACCGGCAUUCACCACUGCUCGCAGAUCUGCACGAACCUCAACGGCUCCUACGAGUGCUCCUGCGAAGACGGUUUCGAACUUUCAGACGGACUGUCAGGAGUCUGUCGGUUGCUCAGGGGAGAGGUCAGCUUAGUGUUCUCUAGCGGUCCUGAGAUACGAUCACUAUACCUAGAACGCAACGAGGAAAUGAAUGUUAUCUCAGACGAGAAGAGGAUUGAGGCCGUAGAUUAUGAUCCCAAGAGUGAAAUAGUCUACUGGGCUGACAGCUACGAUAAGGCCAUAAAACGUUCGUAUAUGAUCAACGCAUCGGAAGGAGAAGUGAAAGUGGGUUACGCACAAGAUCUAGAUAUGAAGGGAAAUGCGAAACCCACCGCACUAGCAGUUGAUUGGAUCGGUGAGAAUCUGUACUGGACGGAAAUCGAUCGCGUCAGCUCGAUCUCGAAGCCUAAGGGCAAAGUCAUGGUUGCCAAGACUGACGGUAGAUACAGAAGGGCGAUAGUGAGUGUUGGGUUGGAAAAUCCAACUUCUAUCGCUGUUGAUCCCCAACUUGGAAAGAUGUACUGGACUGACGCUGGAUCGGCACCUAAAUUAGAAGUUUCGUGGAUGGAUGGAUCCAAGAGAAGGCCAGUCGUUACUGAAGCUAUUCGUCAGCCAGCAGGACUAACUAUAGAUUACGCACAAGAUCACACAGUCUACUGGGUUGAUAUAAAACUGAACACUAUAGAAAACAUGAAGUAUGAUGGUACAAACCGCAAAGUCAUACUUAGAGGAGAAAAACUAAAGCAUCCAAUAUCGUUGGAUGUAUUCGAAUCGAAUCUCUAUUGGAUAACCAAAGAUACAGGAGAAAUUUUACGACAAGACAAAUUUGGAAGAGGUGUACCCACCAGCAUCAAGAGUGAUUUAUUAAACCCCUUGAGUGUAAGAGUAUACAAUAAACUUCGUUACAAUACAUCACUAACAAACCACUGCAGUCACAAUGCAUGUUCUCAUCUCUGCCUAUUGGUACCUGGAGGUAGAAGGUGUGCAUGCCCAGACCUCAUAUACAGUACUCAAACACACAGAGGAAAGGGAGAAAGGAUAUGUGAUGCAGCCAUCGAAAUGGCAAGGGUACUACCACAGAAAUGUUUAUGCCAGAACGGGGGAGUUUGUAAGAAAGAUGAUAAAGGUUUGGUAUGCGAAUGCCAGAAUGAAAACUUCCAAGGAGAGCACUGCGAAUUGAAUACGGCACAUAGUAGACUAGGAAUGGGUGAUAAGUCUGGAACAAUUUUAUUACCAAUUUUAGCAUUCUUGUUGGUUUUGGCAGCAAUAACGGCAGCUUGGUUUGUUGUUAAGAGAAGACCAUUUGGCAAAACUACACUUGGUUCUCUCGGCAGUAACCAAACAGUUGCUUUCAGACAGGGUAGCAAUGUAGAAUUUGGGGCAAGUUCAUUUGUUGGAGGAAACAACAUUGAACCUAUGGAUGUAUCCUACACACUAGAUCCAGUUAACACCAAAACAAGAGAUUUUCAUAAUCCUAUGUAUGACGCUGUCCAGAAUCAAAAUACUGGGGCUAUUGCUAACGGCAAUGGUGAUGCAGCGUUAUACGAAGUUCCUGUUACAAGUAAAAUGAAGGGGGAAAUUUUCACUGAACCCCCUAGCGCUGUGAUAGCACCAUCCAGUGUAACGCACAGAUCUUCAAAUAAACAUAUCAAGCAACGAGAGCUUGAUCCUGCGUCGUCAGACACUGGCAAGGAUACUCAAAAACUAGUAGAAGAAGACCCUUAAUACAAGACUAUUCCUUUCGUAGGGAACUUGUUUUUAUUAUGAGCAAUAUGAAGAAAGAGUCAUCUUUGAAGAAGCUGACUGAUGAUUUGUAAAUUAUUUAUAUAGAUGUUAUACAUUUUAUAAGUCAUAAAUCCAGAUCAAAUAUUAUUUUACGAAAUUUUACAUAUUUUAUUGAAGUUUUAAUUGAGAGUGAAAUAAAUGACGGUUUUCGGUA